CUGUUUCUGACGUUAAAAGCUAAAAAUCUAGAGACUUUUGAUAUCCCAAAAGCAAAGCUUUUUGAAAUUGAGAAAUCAAACCCCAAAACCCUAAAAAGCUGAUUCCUUUCUUUGAUUCUCACUACCAAUUCUUCCCGCCAGUUUCCUUUCCCCGAUUCAUCCUUGACACUUGCAACGCCAUGUUGCGGCCUCGCCGAUCUCUUGGGGUUUCAUCUCCGGCGAAGCAGAGGAAGAAAGCUGCUCCUAAGAAUUCCAUGGCUACGAGAGCGAAUCGAAAGCGUCUCCCUUCUUACCUCAAACCUGGCUCCGCCGUAGAAAUCAGCUCCGACGAGAUUGGAUUCCGCGGCUCGUGGUACAUGGGAAAAGUAAUCACCAUCCCAUCUUCCUCAGAUAAGGAUUCCGUUAAAUGCCAAGUCGAGUAUACGACGCUCUUCUUCGAUAAAGAGGGGACGAAGCCACUGAAGGAAGUUGUCGACAUGAGUCAGCUUCGUCCUCCGGCCCCGCCAAUGUCUGAGAUAGAGAAGAAGAAGAAGAUCGUGGUUGGGGAAGAGGUCGACGCGUUUUACAAUGACGGUUGGUGGGAAGGGGAUGUGACUGAGGUUCUGGAUGAUGGGAAAUUCAGUGUUUUCUUUAGGAGCUCUAAGGAACAGAUUCGGUUUAGGAAAGAUGAGUUACGGUUUCAUAGGGAAUGGGUUGAUGGAGCUUGGAAGCCUCCAUUAGAGGAAACAGAAGAAGAGGAAGAUGAAUCAGAGGAAGACAAAUUAGACGACUCAGAAGACGAGGAGGAUAUUUUAGCCCGAGUGGAUCUAGAAACUACCAGAGCAAUCGCGAAACAAAUGUUUUCCAGUGGCACUGUUGUCGAGGUUAGCAGCGAUGAGGAAGGUUUCCAGGGGUGUUGGUUUGCAGCUAAAGUUGUUGAACCCGUUGGCGAAGACAAAUUUCUUGUUGAGUACCGAGACUUGAGAGAAAAAGAUGGUAUAGAGCCUUUGAAAGAAGAAACCGAUUUUCUGCACAUAAGGCCGCCACCACCAAGGGAUGAGGAUAUUGAUUUUGCUGUUGGUGACAAGAUUAAUGCAUUUUACAAUGACGGCUGGUGGGUAGGUGUUGUCAUAGAUGGUAUGAAGCAUGGAACGGUUGGUAUAUAUUUUAGGCAAUCACAAGAGAAGAUGCGGUUUGGAAGGCAGGGGCUUCGUCUGCAUAAAGAUUGGGUUGACGGGACCUGGCAGCUACCACUGAAAGGAGGGAAGAUAAAGAGGGAAAAGACUGUUUCAUGUAACCGGAACGUGAGACCCAAGAAAGCAACUGAGAAGCAAGCGUUCAGCAUUGGAACUCCGAUCGAGGUUAGCCCUGAGGAAGAAGGAUUUGAAGAUUCUUGGUUUCUUGCAAAACUUAUUGAAUACAGAGGAAAGGACAAAUGCCUUGUAGAAUAUGAUAAUCUGAAAGCUGAAGAUGGGAAAGAGCCUUUGAGAGAAGAGGUUAAUGUUUCACGGAUAAGGCCUCUGCCACUAGAGAGUGUCAUGGUUAGUCCAUUUGAGAGGCAUGACAAAGUUAAUGCUUUGUAUAAUGAUGGAUGGUGGGUUGGGGUGAUUAGAAAGGUUCUUGCAAAGUCAUCUUACCUGGUUCUCUUUAAAAAUACUCAAGAGCUGCUAAAAUUUCAUCACUCUCAACUAAGGCUACAUCAGGAAUGGAUUGAUGGAAAGUGGAUAACAUCUUUUAAGUCUCAGAAGGUGUAAAUGGGCUGGAUAACUCGUCAGGAUUUUGGGAUUUCAAGUUUUGUUUUUCUUUGAGGUACUUGUAUCUCUUAGUCAGUUAGUCUUAACCCUGGUGUUCCCUUGCUAUUGUAGAUAAUUGCAGUUAUGAUGAGUGACUAAGAUGCAACAACCAGUUGAUAUUUUAUUCUUGUUCCAUGACAUAGUGCGAUUCUCAUUGCUCCUGAUUUCGGUUGAUUAUUUGAUAGACAAGUUUUUGCUGUAACACUACUUCCUUGCCUUGUUGAUUAUCCAUCCUAUUGUCAAAUAUUUUUCGAAAGAGGUAGGCCAUAUUACCUACGAAGUUUAGCAUCUUAUGAAUGUUAGGAGUGUAUGCUCUCAGUUUUGCUUGCGAAGAGGUUUCC